AUGAGAAUCAAGAAAACUACACAAUUUGAAUCAUUUUUGGCCUCUCAGUUGACUCAACAAUUUACAGCCAUCAAUACAAAGAUCUACAAUCAUUCUGUGGUAGCAGAACUUAACUACACACUUGCAAAAUGUCACGGUCACAGUGCGGUCAACGGUCAAUCUGUCCAUAAAAUAGAUUUCACCAAUGCAGAAUCGAUUGUGAGCAUGGAAGUGGCGCGUGAGGGUAGGCCUGCUUAUCGUAUAUUUCGUGAAAGAAUAGACUGUUGCAAAUUCUUAGAGAGUUCUUACAAGCGUUUUAAUUUAGCGGAAAUUGUGUUAAAAGAAUUAAAAAAAAUGAAGAACUUCCCUCGUCGAUGUCCCGUAAAAGCCUACACACCAAUAAUACUGGAUUGCCUGCAAAUAAAUUGGCGACAGUUGGCAAUCUAUUUACCAAAUAUUACCUUCAAGGCCACCACCGAAUUUUUCACAAAUGGCAAGAAGUUUUCAGAAAUCAUCUUUAAAGGAACAACAAUGCAACAAUUACGAAUUAAUGCUUCUGGCUGA